ACGGAGGCUGAAGUGAGCAGUAUUUCUCCCUGUUCUGUAAAGAUGGAGGCUUCACACAGAGCUGAACAGGAAACUCACAUCUGUGAGCUCACACUGCACGACUACAACCAGAACCUCGUCACUGAGACGCUACAUGAUAACAACAACCAGCCUGCAGUGCUUUGUGAAGCGCAGAUAAGAGCAGAUUCCAGCACACUGUUAGGAGAGCAGAUCGAAGUCAUCAAGGUGUAUCUUGAGCGAGGCAGACAGGAACAGAACAAGGAGCAACAAAGUCUCACCAUGCUGACUGACGAGGUUUCACACAUUCAGGAGGUGAGGUACUGCCUGAAGACUCUGAGGGAACAGAUGGCAGCCAGACAUAACAACAAUAACAAGAGUCCAGUCAAUGGGAUCCGAGUUCACAUAUCCAGCUCCAAGUUCCCCGACUCCAACACCAGCAUGAACACGUCUGUCCCUGAGAGCCAGGAGCAGGAGUGUGUGAGGUUGAGAGAGAUGACCAAACAUCUGAGUGCUCAGCUGCAGGAGGCAGAAAGGAGACACCAGGAGGACAGAGAGGCAUUACAGGAAGAGAACACGGAGAUCCUGCGACGCCUGGAGGAACAAAACCAUCUUCUGCAGCAGGUCCAGGACCAGGCAGAGGAGCAGAGCCACCGAACUGAGGAGCUGCAGAAACUUCUAGAAAAUCUGAAGCUGGAGAACAACAGCCUUCAUGACAAAAUAACUGCAGGCGAGGCUGAACUUCAGGAACUCCAAGCACUGAAGGACGGGGAAGAUGUGAAAAGGUGCAAACAGCUGGAAAAAGAGCAAGAAGUUCUGAAGGAGAAAAUCCAUCACCUAGAUGACAUGCUAAAGAGCCAACAGAGGAAAGUGAGACACAUGAUCGAGCAGCUUCAGAACUCUCGGGUUAUGAUGGAGGAGAGAGAGCGUCUGAUUGGAGAUCUAGAGGAAAAAGUGGCUUUUCUGGAAGCAGAGAACAGAGAGAUGCGAGACCAGAUGGAGUUCUGUCUGGGUGAUGAAGCACAAAGCUCUCACCAGUCAGAAGCUAAGAUUGUAUACAGCAAGCCUUUGACUCCAACAAGUCCAGGAAACAAAUCUCUGCCCUUCAUCAAAGUGAUCGAGAUCAAGACUUGAGCAGACAUGUGCAUGAUGUGCAUCUCAUUAUCUCUUUCAUGUGUGACCUGAGUUACAGAGUGUGGCUGUACAGACAGGAAUCAACCUGAUUUGAAGAAGAUCUUAACACCUGACCUUGAUAGCUUCUUUAGUAAACUAAAUACUGAUAAUAAAUAAUCGCUCAUUUUGAGUAAUUAUAGCAGAUUUUGUUGCAGAAAUGAUCAUAGUUCAGACAUAAAAUUUAAUAUUUACAUUUUUAUCAAUGACUAUCAAUAUUAAAAACACUCUCAGAAGG